AUGUACAACCUGAGUGGCUAUCACACAGGCCCCUUCAUCCUCUCAGGCAUCCCUGGGCUGGAACAGUACCACAGCUGGAUCAGCCUCCCCUUCUUCUUUAUUUACUUGGUGGCCAUCGUGGGGAACAGCACCCUUCUUUACCUCAUUGCGGUGGAACCCAGCCUGCAUACACCCAUGUUCUUCUUCCUCUCCAUGCUGGCCAUGACUGACCUUAUCUUGUCGACCACAUGUGUCCCCAAAACCCUUAGCAUCUUUUGGUUUGGUCCCCAGAAGAUCAGUUUCCCCGGCUGUCUGACGCAGUUAUUCUUCCUGCACUACAGCUUUGUCCUGGACUCGGCCAUCCUGCUGGCCAUGGCGUUUGACCGCUACGUGGCCAUCUGCUUCCCCUUGAGGUACGCCACUAUUCUCACACCCAGUGCCGUUGUCAAACUGGCUGUGGGGAUCUCUUUCCGAAGUUUCUGUGUCUUUGUCCCUUGUGUUUUCCUCGUGAAUCGCCUACCCUUCUGCGGGACCCGUACCAUUGCCCACACCUACUGUGAGCACAUCGGUGUUGCCCGGCUUGCCUGCGCGGAUAUCUCCCUCAACAUCUGGUACGGCUUCUGUGUGCCCAUCAUGACGGUGAUGACAGACGUGAUCCUCAUCGCUGUCUCCUAUGCCUUCAUCCUCUGGGCUGUCUUUCGCCUCCCUUCCCGAGAUGCACGCCACAAGGCCCUUGGCACCUGUGGGUCUCAUGUCUGCGUCAUCCUCAUGUUCUACAUACCAGCAUUCUUCUCCAUUCUUGCCCAUCGCUUUGGGCACAGCGUCCCUCGCACCUUUCAUAUUCUGUUUGCCAACCUGUAUGUGAUGGUCCCACCGGCACUCAACCCUAUUGUCUAUGGAGUGAAGACCCAACAGAUCCGGGACAAAGCCAUUCUUUUGCUCUUUCCCAAGGGGUUCCAAUGA